AUGAGAUUACUUCGAUCAUUAUUUGAUAAACAUGUCCGUUCAACGACAAUUGUUGAUGGUGUUGAUCUCAUUCGUCGUCUACAAACUUAUAUUGCAAAUGGAUAUUUAAAAUCAACAACUUAUCUGUGUACAUUUGAUAUUACCGAUUUAUAUACGAUGUUACCUCAAGAAGAAUCGUUGGAUAUUCUGACUGAAUUUCUCUUACAAUAUGGCUACCAGAAAAUAAGAGGAGUUCCAAUUGAUGCUAUUCGAAAAUUAGGUCGUCUAGUUCUCACAGAAAAUGUAUUUAUUUACAAAAAGAAAUUCUAUCGACAAGUGAUCGGUGGUGCAAUGGAUACAUCGAAUGAAUCGUUGGACAAAAUUAAUGAAAUGUUAGAUCUAGCCAAUGGUUUGCAUCCGAAUAUCAAACUUGUGCGUCAAGUUGGAUCAAGUGUAUCAUUCUUAGAUUUGCUUAUCAAAAAUAAGAACGGUAUUUUGGAUACAUUAGUUUAUUACAAAGAAGCGACUGAAUCAUAUAUUGUACCUUUUAAAUCCGAUCAUCCAAAACAUGUUUUUCGAAAUACCAUUAAUACUGCUCUACUACGCGCAGUUCGAUAUUGUUCAACAUUAUCAGCAUUCGAAGACGAACGACGUUCUAUCGAAUUAAUAUUAUUAUUCAUACUCAGUUGA